AUGGUAGACUCCUCAGAUUUUCUUCGUCCUAACGAGACGACUCUUCAGUUAUACCGACGAUGUACCAAUACCACAUACUUCGACUGUACUGAAGAGGAACUGUUAUGGUUGGUGAUGGGUCCACGGAGGCUGCCUCUGCCGAAGAUCAUCCCCAUAUCUGUGUUGCUCCUGGUGAUAUUUAUGACUGGAAUGGGGGGUAACGUGUCAGUUUGCGUGGUGAUCGUGAAGCAUCCCGCCAUGCACACGGCUACUAAUUACUACCUGUUCAGUUUGGCCCUCAGUGAUCUGCUGCUAUUAUUAUUCGAUUCCAUUAUAGGGUCGAGGCACACAGCGGACGGAGCGACACAGCAACACAGUCUGAGCUAG